AUGGUUGAUAGUGAAGACCCAAUGGUUCCUACGAGCAAAUCACAAAAUCGUGAGUUUGUUGAUGUUAAAAUGUUGGAAGGUGGCGGAGAGGGGAAGAGAAACGACGCCGGAGGUGGAGAUUUAAAGAAGCUUUGCGUAGGAGGUGGCGGAGAAGGGAAGAGAAAUGCUGCCGGGGGUAGAGAUUUAAAGAAACUUCGCAUAGGUGGUGGCGGAGAGGUGAAGAGGAACGCCACUGGAGGGGGCGGAGAAGUGAAGAGGAAGACAGAUAGAGAUCUAUGGGAAUGCUUCAAGUCCGGCGAUGAUGGGGGUGACGGAGAGGGGAAGAGAAACGUUGCUGGGGGUGGUAGAGAGGGGAAGAGAAACGACGCCGGAGGUGGAGAUUUAAAGAAGCUUUGCGUAGGAAGUGGCGGAGAGGGGAAGAGAAAUGCCGCAGGGAGUGGAGAUUUAAAGAAGCUUCGCGCAGGAGGUGGCGGAGAGGUGAAGAGGAACGCUGCUGGAAGGGGUAGAGAAGUGAAAAGGAAGGCAGAUAGAGAUCUACGGGAAUGCUUCAGGUCCAGUGAUGAGUCAGCAAUGGCAUGA